GCAGAGAGGAGACCAGUAGAGAGGAGACCAGCAGAGAGGAGACCAGUAGAGAGGAGACCAGCAGAGAGGAGACCAGUAGAGACCAGCAGAGAGGAGACCAGCAGAGAGGAGACCAGUAGAGAGGAGACCAGUAGAGACCAGCAGAGAGGAGACCAGCAGAGACCAGCAGAGAGGAGACCAGUAGAGAGGAGACCAGCAGAGAGGAGACCAGUAGAGAGGAGACCAGUAGAGACCAGCAGAGAGGAGACCAGUAGAGACCAGCAGAGAGGAGACCAGCAGAGAGGAGACCAGCAGAGACCAGCAGGAUGGAGGGUCGAGUCCCUGAACCGGGUCUGGUUCUGCUCUUCAGCGGGAAACGCAAGUCCGGGAAAGACCACGUGACGGACCUGAUCCACGACCGUUUAGGGUCAGAUGUUUGCUGCGUCCUUCGUCUGUCUGGACCUCUGAAACAGCAGUACGCUCAGGAGCAGGGUCUGGACCUGGAGCAGCUGCUGGGUGCUGGUCUUUAUAAGGAGCAGUAUCGAGCCGACAUGAUUCGUUGGGGAGAAACUCGGCGUCGCCAGGACGCCGGAUUCUUCUGUCGCCUAGCAACCAGAGGAGCACGGCAACCCGUCUGGGUGGUGAGUGAUGCGCGGCGGCUGUCAGACCUUCAGUGGUUCUGGUCGGAGUUUCCCCGACAGACUCAAAUUGUCAGAGUUCAAAGUUCAGAAAAAACACGCAAACAAAGGGGGUGGAGCUUCUCAGCAGGUGUGGACGAUGCAGAGUCAGAGUGUGGGCUGGACAGCGGGGUUGAAUUUGAUUGGAUCAUCACUAACGAGGCCGACGCCCCCUCCUUAGAAGAGCAGCUGCAGCCAAUCCUGAAGCUGGCUGAGGAAGCAGCGUCAUCAUCAAUCUGAUAGUCACCGAUCAAUAGUCUCAUGAUGACGGACGGCUGCUGAGAGCUGAUCAAUAACGUUCUGCAGCUCCGUCACUCACUCAGGUUGUUUACGUCAUCACUCAGAGCAAAGGCUGAUGGGAGAUUGUCAUCUGUAAAAAGUCGGUCCUACACUAUUAUAAUGAAGAUAUGAAUACUAAUCUGAUUGAUCUGUUGAUCAAUGAGGUGAAACCAGAAGGACAGGAUAUGUUAUUGAUCUGUUUAUUGAGGGAUUGUCUCCACACGGCUCUCAACAUGGCUGCGUCUGAGCCGGCGGGUAGCAGCUAACAGGGCUAAUGGAGCUAACACUGUUUACCUUUACCUGUCGCUCUGACGACGUUCUCACCUGUAUCACAACACAAACAUGAAGUCAAAUGUUUUCAUGACAUUUUAUUUUUGAGAAUGAAAUAAAAACUCAAGUCGGUUUAGAUCUACAAACCAGUGACGUGCUUUUAUUUUAUAAAAUCCUGUCUCGCUUUGUGUCAUGAUUUAUUACAAUGAGCUGUGACAUCAUCACCGGCCUCCAGGUAAAAACAUCUCCAAACUUUAUUGAUUCAUGUCAUCAGGUCAAAGGUCACCUGUGGCUCCGAUUGGCCCGCCACACAUGGCAGUGGAAUGCCUCGCGGUGAUUGGCUCCCUUAAACCACGCCCCCAAGAACAAAAGCAAUCUCUCAUUGUCUGCGUCUCCACCAGCGCUCCCCGAGAUGAGGCGGUCUGGUCCACAGAGGAGUUCCUGUUUGCCUCACAAGCCUUUCCCGCCCUUUUCCCGCUCCCGUCUCCUAGCAACCAGCUGCAGUUGUCAAAGAGUUCUAAGGAGCCACACGUGGUCAUUUUCUGUUUGUUGCACAAAGAAAUGCUUCAACGCGACACCGGCCCUAACCCGAACCCUAGCUAACGUAUUUAUAUAUAUAAUAUCAUAACCCAUUAUUAGAUGAGACGGCAUUACAACUUAUACAAUUUACUGUUUAGAAUGUUUCUAACUUUACUUUAAUCUAAAUGUUAAUCAUACUGUGAUCAUUCAGCUUAAACAGG